CCCUGGCGCGCCAUUGUGGUGGUUGGUGUUUCCUCCGUUUGUCAUUUUAGUACAGCUUGUGUGUUUUUAAUAAGUAUAGGAACAGUAAUGAAUAUAUUUUAUACGUAUGUUAAACUGCUAAAAACAACAGUGACAAUAAUGCGUGCCGAACCGUUUAUACCGGAUUAACGAGUAGCUUUGAGUCACCACGGCACGUGCGACGCACGCAGCGAGUAGCGGCAGCGAUGGAGGCCGGGGCGCGCGCGCUGGAGGUGCUGCCGCUGCUGCAGGAGCGCGUCGCGGCGCUGACCGGCGGCCGCGACCGCCGCGGCGGGCCCAUCGUGUGCUUCCCCGCCAACUCACGCCGAGACCGCGUCGCCCCAGAUGACUAUAGGCGACUGCUGCACUACUUGAUCAGUAUACCAAGUGAUUCGGUGAGAUCACAUGGAUUUACAAUAUUGAUUGAUAUGAGAGGGUCAGCAUGGGCAGCAAUAAAACCUAUCUUAAAAGUUCUGCAAGAACACUUCCCUUCAUCCGUCCACCAGGCACUGGUAGUUAAACCUGACAAUUUUUGGCAAAAGCAACGCACAACCAUAGGAGCUCAUAAGUACAAGUUUGAGACAACAAUGAUUAGCUUAGAAGCAUUGCCGAAAGUGAUAGAUAGUUCGCAGCUUACCCCCGAUUUAGAUGGUACACUGCAAUAUGACCACGCUCAAUGGAUAGACCUAAGAUUGGCGCUGGAAGAGCUAAUGUGGCAAGCUGGCGAGUUGUUAGACAGGCUCGAUGACUUGCAAGAAGACGUCGCGAGGGCAGACUUCGCGGACGAUGUGACGGGCGCGAGGAGGGCCAUCGACGCCCACGCUGACAUCAGCAAGCGGCUCGCCAAGGUGCCCGUCGACGAGCUGGAGGCCCAAGGCGAGCGCGUGCUGCAGCGGCUGGAGGCGGCGGAGGCGGCCGGCUCGGAGGCGAGCGGCAGCGGCGCCGAGCCCGCCUUCCACUGCGGCUCGCCCGGCGCCGUGCGCGCGCAGCUCUCCGCCGUGCGGUCCGCGCACGCGCACGCGCACAAGCUCUGGCAGCACAAGAAGAUGCAGCUCGACCAAUGCUUCCAGCUGCGCCUCUUCGAACAGGACUGCGAAAAGAUGCUGGAGUGGAUCGUGAACCACCGCACCGCGUUCCUGGCUACGUACGUGGAGAUCGGGCGCUCCUGCGCCGCCGCCAAGCGCCUGCAGGAGGAGCACGCCAGGUUUGCGGCGGCGUGCACGGGCGGCGGGCGGCCGAGCGUGGCGCGCGUGACCACGGCCGCGCGGCGCCUCGCCGACAAGCGCCACUACGCCGAGGCCGAGAUCACUGCGCUCGCGCACCGCCUCGAGCGCGCCUACAAGCAGCUCUCCGCCGGUCUGGAGGAGCGGUCGGCGGUGCUGUCGCUGUCGGUGGUGUUCCACCACAAGGCGGAGGCGUACGUGUCGGCGGUGGGCGGGUGGGGCGCGCAGUGCGGCGCGGCGCUCGCGCUCGCCGCCGGCGCCGCGCCCUGCGCCGACCCGCGCGCGCUCGAGCAGCACGCGCAGCGCCAUCGCCAGCUCUACGAGCACAUGUGCCAGGCCUACACCGAGGUCCAUUCGACGAGUAAAAAACUGUUGUACCAGUUGGAUCAUCUUGUCCAAGUGUGCCAUCAAACGGAUCCUGCCGAUAUGGGGGAAGGGUCGUCGAGCGGCGCGGGCGGCGGCGGCGACCCGGCGGCGGACUACAGCUCGGGCGCCAACCACGUGCUGGCCGUCAUCCACCAGAUCCUCGGCCACCACCGCGCGCUCGAGGCGCGCUACCACCAGGCGCGUCUCAAGCUACACCAGAGACUCGCCUUGCUUUUGUAUAAAGAAGAUUGCAGGCAGGUGCUCGAUUGGUUGGCGAAUCACGGUGAAGUAUUUUUACAGAAGAACACUGGAAUAGGAAGGAAUCUCCAUAAAGCUAGAGUAUAUCAAAAAUCUCAUGAGCAUUUUGAAAAUGUUGCUCAAAACACGUACACGAACGCGGAGAAGCUGCUGGCGGGCGCGGAGGAGCUGGCGCGGUCGGGCGAGUGCUGCGCGGAGGAGGUGCUGGGCGUGGCGCGCGAGCUGGAGGCGCACGUGGCGGCCUUCGCGGCGCGCGUGGACCGCCGCCGCCGCCGCCUCGACCGCGCCGUCAUGCUCUACACGCACGAGAAGGAGCUGGUGCAGUGGCUGGACACGCUGCGCAGCGACGGCGGCGUGUGCGCGGCGGACGACACGGCGGAGGCGGCGCGGCGCGCGCUGGAGCAGUGCGCGCAGCACCGCGCGGCCUCGCUCGACGCCUGCGCCGCCACCCUCGCGCAGGGCGACGCGCUGCUGCAGGACCUCAGAUCAUCAGGAGACUCGGAUGCGGCCAGCACUGCCGCCGUGGAGACCACGCUGGAGCGGCUGCGAGGCACGCGCGGAGCCCUCGAGGAGCUGUGGUCUGACCGCGAGAGGAGGCUCGAACUCACUCUGCAGCUCAGGCACUUUGAGAGAGACGCUUUAGAGGUGUCGUCUCGGCUGGAGCUGUGGGGCGACGAGCUGCAGCGCACGGAGCCCCCGCGCGACCCGCAGCAGGCUGAGCAGGCGCUGGCCGCGCACAACGAGAGCGUCGCCAGGAUGCAACAUGCCACCUUCCAGGUGGUGCAACAAGGACAGGAGCUGGCGGCCAACAUCGCGGACGCGGCGGACGUGAUGGCGGGCGGCGCGGAGGGUGCGGACGCGGCGCCGCUGGACGCGCACGCGCGGGUGCAGCUGCUGCUCGAGUUCCUGCACGACCGCCAGCUCGACCUCGAGGAGCUCGCCGAGGAGCGCCGCGCGCGCUUCGAGCAGUGCGUGCAGCUCGGUCAAUUUCAAAAAGACGCGGCUCAGGUAGUGAGUUGGAUCCGCAACGGCGAGGCGAUGUUGGCGGCGUCGUUCUCGAUCCCGGGCACGUUGUCCGAGGCGGAGCAGCUGAAGCGCGAGCACGACCAGUUCCAAGUGGCCGUGGAGAAGACGCACGCCAGCGCCGUGCAGGUCAAGUACCGCGCCGACGCUCUGCGCGCCGCCAACCACUACGACCCGCAUACCAUCCGUGAAAUAUCUGAGGAGGUGACGGAGCGGUGGCAGCGGCUGGUGACGUGCGCGGAGGAGCGGCACAAGCUGGUGACGGCAUCGCUGAACUUCUACAAGACGGCAGAGCAGGUGUGCUCGGUGCUGGAUUCGCUGGAGCGCGAGUACCGCCGCGACGAGGACUGGUGCGGCUCCUCCGCCGCGCCGCCCGAUGACCAGGCGCUGCAGCUCGCCGUCGACAAGGCCGCUCAGGUGGCCGCCCUAAUAGUGAAGCACGGCGAGCAGAAGGAGGCAUUCCUGAAGGCGUGCACGUUGGCGCGGCGCACCGCCGAGACGUUCCUGAAGUACGCGGCGCGCUCGGCGCAGGUGCACGGCCAGACCGCCGCCGCCAGCAAGGCGCACCACGAGCAGACGCGCGCCAUACUCGACACGCUGCUCGCGCAGGAGAACAAGGUCCUGGAGCACUGGACGGUGCGCAAGAAGCGGCUGGAGCAGUGCCAGCAGUUCGCGCUGUUCGAGCGGUCGGCGCGCGCGGCCGUGGAAUGGAUCAAGGAGACGCAGGAGCGCUGCGGCGCGGCGGCGGCGGCGGCGGCGGGCGGCGUGGCGCGCGAGUCCCGCGAGCGCGUGCGUCUGCUGGCGCAGCUCGCCGACGGGCUCGUCGAGAAGGGCCACCCGCACGCCGUGCAGAUCAAGGAGUGGGUCGCCGCCGUAGACGCCAGAUAUGCGGAGUUCAGCGGGUCGAUGGAGGGCGGCGAGAGCGAGCCGGAGAGCGACUCGGGGGUGGCGCCGUCGCUGGCGUCGUCGCAGUCGGCCGAGCACGACCCGCGCGCCGAGCCGCCGCCCGCCGCGCUCGGCGACGACAAGCGGCGCAGUGCCAGGCGCAAAGAGUUCAUAAUGGCGGAGCUGCUGCAGACGGAGCGCGCGUACGUGAAGGACCUGGAGACGUGCAUCACGUGCUACCUGCGCGAGAUGCGCACCGACCCCGCCGCCGUGCCGCACGCGCUGCAGGGGAAGGAAGAAAUAAUCUUCGGCAACAUCGAGGAGAUCCACCGGUUCCACGAGCGCGUGUUCUUACGCGAGCUGGACAAGUACGAGACGAUGCCGGAGGACGUGGGGCACUGCUUCGUGACGUGGGCGCGCGAGUUCGACAUGUACGUCGCCUACUGCCGCAACAAGCCCGACAGUAACGCUGCCGUCGUGCAGCACGCUGGCGACUACUUCGACAGGGUGCAGCGUAAGAAGAAGCUGGAGCACCCGCUGGCCGCGUACCUCAUCAAGCCGGUGCAGCGCAUCACCAAGUACCAGCUGCUGCUCAAGGACCUGCAGGCGUGCUGCGCCGAGGGGCAGGGCGAGAUCAAGGACGGCCUCGAAGUUAUGCUAUCAGUGCCAAAGAAGGCGAACGACGCCAUGCACCUGUCUCUGCUGGAGGGGUGCGACGUGCCCACCGACAGCCUGGGCGAGGUGGUGCUGCAGGACUCCUUUCACGUGUGGGACCUGCGCCAGAUCAUCAAGAAAGGCCGGGAGCGCCGCGUCUUCCUCUUCGACCUGCACCUGCUGCUCGCCAAAGAAGUGAAGGACUCGCACGGAAAAGCGAAAUACAUUUACAAGACCAAGUUCAUGACGUCGGAGCUGGGCGUGACGGAGCACAUCGAGGGCGACGAGUGCAAGUUCUCGGUGUGGACGGGCCGCGAGCCCAUGGCCAGCGACUGCCGCAUCGUGCUCAAGGCGCCCUCGCUCGAAGUCAAGCAGACCUGGGUGCGGAGGCUCAGAGAAGUUAUACAGGAAACGUACUUCAGCGGUGCUCUGCAGCAGCCGCCUCGAAGCCCGGCGCGCGUGCGUCCCACCAGCUCGCAGCGCUCCAGCAGGGAUUUGGAUGACACAAUACUCGAUGAAACGACAGAGAAUCUCGACAGAAACUCGCUGGCGUCUUUCGGCAGUGGGAACACCACCGAUUCCGAUAAGGCCGGUCCAGAGAUGACGUGGGUGGUGGCGGAGCACGGCGCGGGCGGCGCGGGCGAGGUGUCCGUGUCCAAGGGGCAGCAGGUGGAGGUGCUGGAGCCGUGGGCGGCGCGCGCCGACUGGUGGCUGGUGCGCGUGCCCGGCGAGCCGCCGCAGGAGGGCGCCGUGCCCGCGCACGUGCUCAAGCUGCAGCCGCACCACCUGCCGCAGCAGAAGACGUCGCCGUCCCGCCGCCCGCUCAGCCAGCCCUGCGACGAGACCCUAGAAGCGUCCAAUUCGGACCCCGGUGGGAGCGUGAGCGCCGCCAGCCCCGUCAAACAAAGGAAGGCCUUCAGCGGGAAAAGAUGGCUGGGGCUCCGCAAACAGUCACAGGGGAAGACCGAGAAGGGUCCGAGUGGAGCGCAGUCACCCGCCACUACAGACAAACCUGUGCCGCUCAAGAAAACAUUAUCCGACAAGAAACUCAAGCUCCCGUACGGCGGCGUGGGCGAUAACGGGCGCGCAGACGAGCACGAGGUGGGCAAGACGGCGCCCGGCGCGCUCGACGAGGCCGAGGAUGAGGCGGCCGACGUCGAGCUGCCGCCGCCCAUGAAGCCCAUUCAGAACCCGCAAGCGGUGCUGCAGCAGGCGCCGGCGCCGGCAGCGGUGACGUCAGCGCCGGCAGCGCGCAACUCUUUGGCUAUGGAUGCUAUGGACAGUAACGGAGGAGCGGCCGAUAUAGACGAGAUCGUUCAAAUUGUCAAAGAAAAAAUGGAACAACAUGGCGUCGCCUCGUCCUCCGGGCGGGCGGGCGACGCGGACGACUCGGACAGCCCGGCCACGCCGGGGCCCGACUCCUGCGAGGCGACGCUCAAGAAGCGCGAGUACGUGCUGCGCGAGCUCGUCGACACCGAGGAGAUCUACGUCUCCGACCUGCGCCUCGUCUGCGAGGGCUACAUGCGCCACGUCCAGGACCCGAACGCCGAGCCGGGCCUGCCCGAGGGGCUGCGGGACCGCAGGCACCGCAUGAUCUUCGGAAACAUCGAGGCCAUUUAUGAGUGGCACCGAGAUAAGUUUGUCAGGGAGCUGCACCUGUGCGUGGCGGAGCCGGAGCUGCUGGGCCCGCUGUUCCGGCGCUUCCUGGAGAAGCGCAUGUUCCUGUACGAGGCGUACUGCCGCAACAAGCCCGUGUCCGAGUACAUCGUGUCGGAGCACGACGCCUACUUCCAGGAGCUGCGCGUCAAGCUCGGCCAGAAGCUGCAGCUGGGGGACCUGCUGAUCAAGCCGAUCCAGCGCAUCCAGAAGUACCACCUGCUGGUGAAGAAGAUCCUCUCGUACUCGGAGCACGCGAACGCGCCGCCGCACGUGCUGGCGUCCCUGCGCGACGCCGUCGAGUGCACCGACAUCAUCCCCAAGAACGCCAACAACAUGAUGGACGUCGGCCGCCUGCAAGGAUUCGCGGGCAACAUCACUGCCCAGGGCAAGCUGCUGAUCCAGGAGCUGAUGAGCGUGGCGGACGUGUCGGGCGGCUCCGACAAGGGCAAGGAGCUGCAGGUGUUCCUCUUCGAGCAGUGCGUCAUCUUCAGCGAGCCCGUCGGCAAGAAGAGCCAGUACAGCAGUCCCGCAUACAACUACAAAGCGCACAUUCAGGUGAACAAGAUGGAGUUGGAGGAGGUGGAGAGUCAGAGCGGGUUCAUCGUGCGCACGGACGGGCCCAGCAAGCCCAAGCUGGCGUUCCUGUGCCGGCCGUCGGAGGGCACGCGCGCGCACUGGCUGACCACGCUCACCAGCAUCCUCACGCUGCAGAAGAACUUCGGCGCCGCGCUCGAGAACCCCGGCGCCUACCUGCGCGAGCAGCUGACGCGCGAGCCGCCGCGCGACCCCGCCGCUGUAGGGGAUGGUUGGUGCGGCCUCCGCAAGACUGAGAGCGUCCCGCCCUCGGUGGGCGGGCGGCUGGCGCCGGAGCUGCGCGCGCGCACGCAGCGGCCGCACGCCAAGGCCAACACCAUCAACCUGCCGACCAGCUCGGCGCGCGCCGACGACCGCAAGAAGGGGGGCAGCGCCGCCGUCAGCCCCACCUCCCCCCCGCAGCCCAAUGGCUUGUCCAAGCGGCCGUGGGGCAUCAAGCUGCGGCGAGGCGCCAGCGCCGGCGCCGCCGCGCCCGGCGCCUCCAGCGAGCCCAGCGACGGCGUCGUCACCGAGCUGCGCGCGCCCGAGCUGUGCGAGCCGGCGGCCGACGUGACCGCCGCACCCGGCGCCACCGCCACGCUGGCGUGCCGCGCCGGCGCCACUCGCGCCACCGCCUCGUGGCGCAAGACAGCGCCGGAGACGCGCGCGCUGCGCCACGGCGGCCGCUUCGCCAUCACCAUGAGUCCGGACGGGCUCGCCACUCUGACGAUACACGCGUGCCGUGCGUCCGACGCCGGCGUCUACUGCUGCCUGGUCAGCAACGAGCUGGGCGGCGUGCAGAGCUCGGCGCGGCUGACAGUGGGCGCGGGCGGCGCGCCGGGCGUGCCCGCCGUGCGCGCGCACCCGGGCGGCGGCCUCGUCGUGCAGUGGGACGAGCCGGCGCCCGCGCACCUGGAGUACUGCCGCGUGGGCGAGGGCGAGUGGAGGCGCGCCACAGAGACGCCCGCCGCCGCCAACACACUGGCGCUGGAGGAGCUGCCCGCGGGACAGUACAGCUUCCGGCUGAUCUGCAGCCGCAGCGGCGCGCCGGGGCCCGCGUCGGGGCCGGCGGCGUGCGGCGGCGGCGGCGCCUGGCAGCGCGAGCAGUUCGCGCGCCGGUACAGCGUGGAGGAGGAGAUCGGCCGCGGCCGCACCGCCCGCGUGCUUGCCGCCAGAGACACGGGCACCGGACAGCGAGUCGCAUUGAAGCAGGUGGUGGCGGGGCGCGGCGCGGACGCAGUGCGCGAGUACCGGCUGCUGUCGCGCAGCGCGCACGGCGCGGUGGCGCGCGCGCUGGCGCUGUUCGCGGAGGUGCCGCGCGCCGGCGCGCACACGCUGGUGCUGGAGCUGGUGGGCGGCGGCGCGCUGCUGGACUGGGCGGCGGCGCACGCGCACCUCUACACGCAGCACCAGGUCGCGCUGCACACGCGCCAGCUGCUGUCCGCGCUCGACUGGCUGCACUCCAUCAACGUCGCGCAUCUCGACGUCAGGCCCGAAAACAUUCUGGUGGAGUUAGGCGGAGCUGUUCCCCAGCUGAAGCUGGUGGACCUGGGCUCGGCGGUGGAGACGGGUGAGGGCGGCGCAGGCACGGCGGCGCGCGAGGUGCUCCCGCCUGCGCCGGCGCAGCUCGAGUUCGCGCCGCCCGAGUGCGUGCUGGGCCGGCCGCCCGCCACUGCCUGGGACGCCUGGGCCGCCGGGGUCUUCCUAUACGUAUUCCUCACAGGGCUGUCGCCGUUCCUGGACGAGUCGAUCGAGGAGACGACGGCGAACAUCAUCAAGUGCGACUACUGCUUCCCCCCGGAGCACUGGGCGGGCGUGGCGGAGCGCGCGCAGGCGCUCAUCCGCGGCCUGCUCGAGCCCGCGCCGCAGCGCCGCCUCACGCCCAAGGACGCGCUCGCAGAUCCCUGGUUCGACGAGGCGCCGGCGACGGCACUGUCGGCGACGCAGCUGAAGACGUUCCUGGACCGGCGGCGGCCGGCGGGGCACGGCAACGCGCUGCACUCGCUGCGCUCGCCCAGCGACACCUGACGCGCCGCCGACUGCCUCGCACACUACUGCUGAAUACCGCGGCGUGCCUCGCCACUGCGCUACUGACGCCUCGCUUCCCGAACUGAUAUUAUCAUUCGAGGCGCUAGCUGAACAUUGCCCGACAAUGUUAGUUAGAAAACAACCUUCUUGUAGCCAACAUUGUAAGUAUUUAAGGAACAAAGGCGCUGGCCAAAUGUAGAUCUUAUUCAUUAUUCACUCAAUAGCUGUAGUUACUUACUGUAAUUGUUCUAUAGUCAAUGUGCCCACCUAUUCAGUUUGGUAUUUUAGUUACUUGAAAUUUGUUUGUCGACUUGAAGCAUGUCAUGUUUAAAAUUACGACCGGUCGGUCGCCCAGUCAGCGCGACCGAUGUGGACCGAGUUAACCAAUGGAGAGCUGUUGGCGAUUUGUUAACUUUUAAUAUUAUUCCUAAAGUGGCCGAUUAAAGAAAAGUGUCUGUGAUUUAUGCUAAAAUGAAUUUUUGCUGCUUAUUCCUAAUCUUAUCGUAAUACUUGUUAAAUAAAUGAAAUAAAUUGAUUAUACACUAAUGAAAUGUAUAUAGAAUUAAGUUUUAGUGCGUCGUUCUUCGUCUUAAUUUGUGACCAAAAUGCAAACUUUAAUUCGUGUAUGUUUGAUGUAUCGCGACGCAUUAUUUUAUAUUCGUGAGAUACCUAUAUAAUGUUUUAGUAUAUGAUAGUUUUAACGAUGGAAUGUACGCUACACUGCCGAGCUCUGCCCAGGCGACCACGCCUUCCGAAUGUUACUCCUAACGUUAGAUAUUGUAAGUCAAGUAUUACUUUGGACAAUGUAUGUUUAUAUGCAACAAUCAAAUAUUAUAAAGGAAACACUAAGACAAUGUA